AUGCAGAUUCUCAGGCCCCAUGCAGAUCCCCUGAAUCAGACCCCUGGGCUUGUAAACGGCAUCCAGCUGCUGCUGCCGCCACCGCCACAACUGAGCCCCGGCGAGGCGACCUAUGGAGCCGCAACCAGUAUCAGGCCCAUUCGACAGAUGAGAGAGCUGGUGUUCAGCGAUGGAACACCUUACCCAAGUGAUUCCUGUGACUCUUCUCAUUCUCUCAGUGGCUGGCUGAGUGUGAAGUCAUUUUUAAAGAUGCAGCAGUCUGCAGAAGACGGAAUAACUGCUCGUAUCAUACUGAGAUACUACUUUAAUCGCUUUAUGAGGCUGCAGCCUCUCCACGUGUAUUCCGUGUGCUUGCUGGUUGGCGUGUUCCCCCUCGUGCCCUGGGGACCCGUCUGGGAGGUGCCUGAGCUCCACCUGGACAACUGCCGACAGGUGUGGUGGACCAACUUGCUGCUGCUCAACAACUUCCUGUCGGUCCGGAAUGCGUGCAACGGCUGGACGUGGUACCUUGCCAACGACUUUCAUUUCCACCUCAUGACACCCGUGAUCAUGUUCGUCCAUGGAAAGAGUAAACACGUCCUUGUCCUCCUCGGGGCCGUGCUGUUCUUGGCGUCUUUCACGACCACGGCUCUGCUCACGCUGGCUCAUGGCCUUCCCGUGGCAGCGCCAUCCGAGGCCAGCGAGGAGGCGGCUGCGCUGUACUUCUCGGAGUACUACACCAAGCCCUACUGCCGACUCGGGCCCUUCCUCGUGGGCGUGUUUCUGAGCGUGUACAUGCACCAGACCCGCCAGGCAGGCCUCCUCAAAACCAGGGUGCAGGUGGCGCUCGGGUGGAGUUGCUGCCUGGCCACCCUGUUCGCGGUGGUCGCCGGGGCGUACGCAGUGGACGACACCUCGGGCACCCAGGCAGCGGCCGCUGCUGCCUACCAGGCCCUGCACCGGACCCUGUGGGCGGCGGCCCUGGGCUGGGUCGUGUUCGCGUGUCACGAAGGCCACGGAGGUCUGGUGGCCCAGCUGCUCUCCUGCGGCGUCUGGAGUUUCCUGGCCAGCAUCAGCUAUGCCUGCUACUUGGUGCACCCCAUCAUCCUCCUCCUCUACAACGGGCUUCAGGAAACGCUCCUUCACUACACGGACGUGAACAUGUUCUACCUUUUCUCUGGACACUGUGUGCUGACCGCCGUCGCCGGGCUGGCCCUGACGCUCUCCGUCGAGAAACCCUGCCAGGAGCUGAGGCGGUGCCUUCUGGGACCGACGCCGGCAGGGCCGGGAGCGGCCCAGUGAC